AUGCGCAAGGGCCGCUCCGCGACGUCGAUGGUUCUGGAUCAAGCCGUUGACGAGGCAGCUCUUAUGGAGGACGAGGCGGCGAACGACGGCGUCGCCGGGUGGGACGAGGACGGCGCAGCGGCGGCGCGACGCGUCCACGCGAAAGCGCUCGCCGCGAUCGCGACGCCGCGGGGACGCGGGCCGAAGAACAAUGACUGGAGUAACGCGCGCAAGGCUUCCGAGUGGGGUGCCGCUUCCGCCGCCGCUGGUUCGCUUUCUAGUUCGAGUUCGGGCUCGCGCACGGGCUCUAUGGCUGCUGCGGCUGCAGCGGCGGUGCAUGUUUCGCCCGAACGGGGUGGUAACAGCCGGUGGCAUUCGCGAGCGCGAAGCUCGUCGCAGGUGGACGCUGAGCGAAUCUCGUCGCCGUGGGGAAGCGGGACCGGGCGAACGGCUGGCGGAGGCGCGGAGGGGGGAAGCUCGGGCGGAGAAAGCGCGUUUGCGGGAGCCAGACGGGGGAGAGUGGGCGGAGGAGGCGGAGGGGCGGGUUCCGCGGUGGGUAAGCCGGCAGGUGCGUUCGAAGCACGUGUCGCGCCGGCGAUGGCGGAGAGGCCUCCCGUACCCGAAGGCUUGCAGGAUCUCUCCGUGUUUUACGGCGCUUCGAGGGAGGAGGUCGCGAGCAGCGGCAGCGUGAUAUUUAAUCCGACAGGCGGCGCAGUUAGCGACCAUGACUCGGAUUUAGCGCUCCUGAUCAACUCGCCUGCUUCCGUUGUCCCUGCUGCCGCUGCUGCUACUGGCGCGGCGGAAGCGGCACCACCGUCGCCGCGAGGUCUUCAUAUUUCGCCGAAGGCCACGUGGACCAAUCAGAAGCCAGCAACGUUGGGAAGAGUGGCAGGUGGCGGCGGGAGGGUUCACGCGGCAGCGGCCGCGACAGGAGCACCGGGAGUAGGCGCAUCUGGGGUAGGCGCAUCCGGGGCAGGUGCAUUUGGCGCAGGCCCGAGCGCCAUCUCGCCCAUGGCGGCAGCCGCCAUUCGUGGCGGCGGAUUAGCAGCGAUGUCGCCGCGCCUUCUGAAAUUUCUUGUCGAGGACAAGCCGGGCGCUCCGGAACGGGGCGCGGGGAGAGGGGGGGAGGGGAAGCGGGGCGGAGACAGGCGUGUGCGCCAGAGCGGAAGCGGGGACGAGACCGCGGAGGGGAGGGGGGGCGCAGGGGGAGACGAGCAGGGAAGGGUAUCGUUGCGGUCGCGCAGCGGGCCGCUCUCCGCAAGAGCCAGAUCGCGCGUCGCUGCGACUAUGGGCGGCGCCUUCCGGGUGCCCGGGCCGUUACACUCCCCGCUCUCCAGCUCGCCCGCGUCGUCCGAUUCGUUAUUGUCGUCCCCGCUAGCCCUCCCCGCGCCGUCCCCGUUAGCGCCGUCCUCGAGUUUCGGUAGAAGCGCCGGAGGCGCAGCAGCGGGUGCCGCUCACGGGAGAAGCGGCGCCGGCAGUGCGUCAGUUCCUUCCCCUACACGCACCUCCCCCACAAUCACAUCACCCACCAAGCCAACCUCCCCGCUAGGCCCCGCCUCUGCCGCCGCUACCUCGGGGCCGUCCGCGUCAGCUGCGGCGCCAUUGGCGGCGGCGGCGGGGUGGCAAGCUUUCCGGCGGCCCGCCGCUUUGGAUCUUGGACGGCUCCUCGCUCCCGGCGCUCCAGGCGGGGAGGAAUCCGACGGCGAGGAUGAGUUCAGUGAUGACGACGCUGACGUCAGCGAGGCUGUGGCUGUAACGGGUCCAGCCGAGCCGACAGGUUCGGGGAGAGCUGCGGGGGCAGGCUCGGGAACAGCCUCCGAUCGCAGGGAGCGGCUGGAGGGGGUUGAGGUGAGGCUGGAGCGGAGGUCCACGGGGAACGCGCAGCACGCGGAGAGGGGAAGGCCGGACGGGAACCUGGGGAACGCGGAGCGCCCGCGCAGCAGCCCUGUAGGCCUCGACUCGGCGCUUAGCUUCGACCGCCGAACCAGCCCUGUAGCGCCCGGACAGGGCGGGAAGGGGGCGUUUUCUGAGCGCGUGCGCGGGUUUGCGUCGCCCAGGCGCGUGGAGAGACCCCCCGACCCCAUGGACCGCCUCCGCGGAUUCGUCUCCCCGCGCUCGCGCAUCCGGGAAGGACCGGGCGGGGGGCAGAGCGAGGGAAGCGCAUGGGGCGGGGAUGCUGGUCGCGCCAGUGGCGGUGGGGGUCGGGGGGGAGGGGGCGGAAGGGUUGGCGCAGCGGCAGCGGAGGAGAGUCAACAGGGGGGAUCGAUUUGGCAGCAGUAUCAACGGCCGCAGGGCCAGCAGCAGCAGCUGCCGCAGCAGACACAGCAGCAGACGCAGCAGCAGCAGCAGCAGCAGAUGCAAGCGGAAAAGGACAGCAAAGGUAAUCGUAGGCGGCCGAAUCUGCGGCCGUUACAGCUGGACGCGCUGGUUACCACCCCCAGAGGCCGCACGCGCUCGCACCUCCCCGCUGGGGGACCUCUUUCCGCGCGCGCUGCUGGCCCAGGCCCGAGCAGCAGCGGGUUCCGCCAAAGGGGCGCGGGCGGGGGCAGAGUGGGAGGCGCGGGGUGGGAUGGGGACGCGCCAAUGGCGACGCCUGGGGGAGCGGGGGAGGGGCAGGGGGGGCGGGGGCAUAUGGCGAUGGCUAUGCCUCCGCUCUGGCACAGAAGUCCGCGGGCAGGGGGGAGCGGGUUGAAUCUAGGCGCAAUUACCCCCACUGCUGCUUCCGCCUCUUCCGCCGCGGGCGCAAGCGGGGGAAGAGGCGGGCCGUCCGCUGCUGCUGGUCCCGUGGGAGGGGGGGAGAGGGCGGGGGGCGCGGGAAUGGGGGAGAACAGCAGCAGCCCCAAGUACUACGUUGCGCUCAAGAGCCCCCGCGCCCCCGCGGAUGCGCCCAGGCGCGCCAAUAAGAGCCCCAAGACGCCCCGCGGGGAGGUGCUAUCUGGGAAAGGCGCGGGCGAGGGGGGCAUGGGCGGAAACGCCACUGCCGGCGGGGGAACGCUGGGCGCAGCAGUGGACACUUUCAGCCGCAGCCUGAGCGCCCACCCCGUCAGCCCUAGGGCGGGCCCACCUGGGGGUGGCGCAGGGGGAGGCGCAGGGGGAGGCGCAGGAGGAGGCGCAGGAGGAGGCGCAGGGGGAGUGGGGAUGACAGCGGAAGCUGCAGCGGCGUUUGACGCGCAUGCUAGAAGAGCCAUGGCUGCCCCCCCCAACCCCUCCUAUCAUGCACUCCCUACCCCCUCCCUCCGCCCCUCGCCCACGGCUGCUGCUGCCGCCGCCGCUGCUGCUGCUGUCGCUGCUGCUGCUGGCGGCGGGAGCAGCGGCGGGGGGAGCAGCAGUAGCGUGCGCGGGGGUGGGAGCAGCAGCGCUGGUGGUGGUGCUGACAUGGGCGCACGAGCGGGGGCGGGGGGUCCAGGGGUCGCAGGAAGGGGCGCAGGAGGGGGUAUGGGCAUGGGCAUGGGGAUGGGCAUGGGUGUGUUUCAACAGGGAUUCUCUGAUGUGACGCGACGGUAUGAGAUGGGGCGGAAGGUGGGGCAGGGGCGGAAGGGUGUGACUGUAUACCAGUGCGUGGAGAGGCGCACAGGCAGGCAGUACGCGUGUAAGACUAUAGACAAGGUGACUCUAACGGGGGGCAGGAAGGAGGAGGCGGUUCGCACGGAGGUGGCGAUUAUGAGGAAGCUGCAGGGCCAUCCGCACAUAGUGGAGAUUAAAGACACGGCUGAAGAUGCUAAGGUGGGUCUGUUUGUCCACCUCCCCCAUCAACAUGCACCUGUGAAUCCCCCAGCGCGAGAGACGCUUUCAACCCUCUCCGCUUCCCCUCCCUCCCCUCUCUCCCUCUUCCCCGCUUCUCUCUCUCCCCCGCCCCCCCCAAAAAAACCCUCCCCCUUUCAGUUCGUGCACAUAAUCAUGGAGAUGUGUUCAGGCGGCGACCUGCUGGACCACAUCAACACGCAGCUGUGCAUCUCCGAGAGGGAGGCCGCCACCAUCGUGCGCGUGCUCGUGCAGACCAUCCACUUCUGCCACGUCAGCGGCAUCAUGCACCGCGACCUCAAGCCCGAGAACGUGCUGCUCGGCUCGCCCGGCCAGUGGUGGGACCUGCGGGUGGCGGACUUUGGCUUUUCUGUGCCGCUCAGAGCAGGCCAGCGCAUGAAGGGAUACGCAGGCUCACCCUUCUACAUGGCGCCCGAGGUCCUAGACGGGCUGUACGGGCAGGAGGCAGACAUCUGGAGCCUGGGAGUCAUCCUCUACACGCUGCUUUCCCAGAAGCUUCCCUUCUGGGACGACACGGACGCGGGCGUGUACGAGCUGAUCCGGCGCUGCGAGGUGGACACGAGCUCGGGCGUGUGGCCGCUGGUGUCGGGGGCGGCAAAAGACCUCGUGCACCGCAUGCUGGCCUUCGACCCCAACCACCGCCUGCCUCUGCACCUCAUUCUCGACCAUCCAUGGGUGGUCACCAACACAACAGUUGACAUCCCCCGCGUGCCAUCCAGCGCGUCAGUUUCCUCCGAAACUUCCUCUCUCGAGCCGCACUCGUCCGGGCGGCAAAAGAAGGAUAUUGCUCGAUCUGCUGGGACGAUCUUUUCGUCCCGCGCCCAGCCGCAAGCUAUGCGGGCUGCUGCCGCCGCCGCCGCCGCUGCUGCCGCUGGUGGUGGUGGGGGGAGUGAUGGUGAUGAUGAUGAGGAGGAGAGUGGGGGUGGCAAGGGGGAGUGA